CGUGCGCGGCUCCCCUGAGGCGGGCGGGCGGCCGGGCCGGGCGGAGGCCGCGGCCGGAGCCGGGGGCUCGCGUAGAUGUGCAGCCCGGGGGGGGCCCCCCCUGGGCCCGCCCCGGCCGGCGACCUGCCCCCGGAGUGGGACAGCGACGACGAGCGCAUGGCCUUCCUGUUCUCGGCCUUCAAGCAGAGCCGCGAGGUGAACAGCACCGAGUGGGACAGCAAGAUGGCCUUCUGGGUCGGGCUGGUGCUGGCCCGCGGCCGCAGGAGGGGCGCGGUGAGGACCUGCCUCCGGGAGCUGCAGAACGGCUUCGAGCGGCGGGGCAGCGUCCCGCUGGGGCUGGGCACCGUCCUCAGGGAGCUGCUCAGACGUGGGAAGCUCCAGAGGGAGUCAGACUUCAUGGCCAGUGUAGACAGCAGCUGGAUCUCCUGGGGUGUGGGAGUUUUCAUCCUGAAGCCCCUCAAGUGGACUCUCUCCAGCGUCCUGGGGGACAGCAAAAUCCCUGAGGAAGAGGAGGUUCUGAUUUACGUGGAGCUGCUUCAGGAGAAGGCAGAGGAAGUUUAUCGCCUCUAUCAGAACUCUGCGCUCUCCUCUCACCCCGUCGUCGCCCUCUCCGAGCUCCAGUCCCUCUGUGCCAGUGUGUGCCCAGAUGAAAGGACCUUCUACUUGCUGCUGCUCCAGCUGCAAAAGGAGAAGAGGGUCACCAUCCUGGAACAGAAUGGAGAGAAGAUCGUGAAGUUUGCCCGAGGUCUCCACGCCAAGGUGUCCCCGAUGAACGACGUGGACAUCGGGGUGUACCAGCUGAUGCAGAGUGAGCAGCUGCUGUCACAGAAGGUGGAGUCCCUUUCCCAGGAAGCAGAGAAGUGUAAAGAGGAUGCCCGGAGUGCUUGUAGAGCUGGGAAAAAGCAGUUGGCUCUGAGGUGCCUGAAGUCCAAGCGGAGGACGGAGCGGCGCAUCGAGGAGCUGCAUUCCAAGCUGGAUGCAGUGCAGGGAAUCCUGGAUCGGAUUUACGCCUCCCAGACCGACCAGAUGGUGUUUAAUGCCUACCAGGCUGGGGUGGGAGCUCUGAAGCUGUCCAUGAAGGAUGUGACUGUGGAGAGGGCAGAGAACCUGGUGGAUCAGAUCCAAGAGCUUUGUGACACUCAAGAUGAAGUAGCCCAGACUCUGGCUGGAGUGGGGAUCAAUGGCCUGGCAGAGAUGGACACCGAGGAACUGGAGAAGGAGCUGGACAGUCUCCUCCAGGACUCGACCAAGGAGCCUGUGGAUCUGCCUCCUGUUCCCCAGAAGGUGCUGAAUCCCCCCAUUUCUGAUGCUGAGCUGGAAGCUGAGCUGGAGAAGCUGACAGUCUGUGAUGGAGAUUUGGCACAAAAGGCUGCAGCUGCUUCCUCUGAACCCAAAACAGCUCUGGGACUGAAUCUCUGAAGACCCAACAGAAUCCUGUUGCUGCUGUUUGGGAAGUUGUCUUAAGGUUCCUUAACUCAUGACUAGAACUUCUAAGGAGAGGAGUCACUCUCUCUUCCUCUCCAUGGAUAUCACUUUGCUCAGCAACAGGAUCUCCUGCCAUGACAAUCCACUCUGGAACUGGCCCCAGCUGGUGUUUGUCAUCUCUGUGCCAACAUCUGCACUGGUCUCAACCUGACUGGUGACCCCAAGUCGCUCUGACAUCCAGUCUUCCCUCCUGGGAAUACAAUUCCAGUGAAGAUAAACUCUUCUGUGUCCAUAA